GGGGGAGAGAGCAGCGCUGGAAGAAGGCGCAUCACUGGGGAGAGCGGGUGGCGCUCCGCCGGAGAAGCCGCGGGGCGAUGCCCCGAGUGCUGGUCGUGGGGUCGGGUCUGACGGGCGGUCUGUGCGCUCGGCUUUUGAGCAGAGAAAUGAGAGACGGAGUCAAAUUGGUGGUCUGGGACAAAGCCGCGGGUGCAGGAGGAAGAAUGAACACAAGCAGAAGUCCUAUUGAUCCAAACUGUACAGCUGAUCUGGGAGCACAGUAUAUAACUGCAACACCAUAUUAUGCGAAAAAGCACCAAAGUUUUUAUGAAGAAUUGUUGUCACAUAGCAUUUUGAAACCAUUACUCAGCCCCGUGGAAGGUAUGAUACGAGAAGAAAAAGGAAUCUCCAACUAUAUGACACCACGAGGGGCCUCUUCUAUCGUCAAGUAUUAUCUCACUGAAUCAGGAGCAGACGUGUUGUACAACAUUCAUGUCACCCACAUCAACCUCAAAGAAGGGAAGCUGGAAGUCUGCAGCAAAUUGGGCCUUUCAGAAAUGUUUGAUGCAGUUGUCCUCACUAUGCCUGUUCCACAAAUUCUUCAGCUUCAAGGACAUAUUGAAAAUUUUAUCAACAAAACUCAAAGACAGCAACUGGAAGCAGCAAGUUACUCCUCUCGUUUUGCUUUGGGACUUUUCUAUGAGUGUGGCACACACUUCGAUGUUCCCUGGGCAGCGAAGUAUAUCUCCGAGAAUCCCUGCAUACGUUUCAUCUCCAUCGAUAAUAAAAAACGUAGUUUAGGUCAGAGCACCAUCUAUUUCUCUUUGUCAGAAUCUCCCCAAAUUGGAUCCUCCAUAGUUGUCCACACCAGUGUUCAAUUUGGAGCUGAACAUAUCAAUAAAGAUAGGAAGGUGGUGGAGCCUCUGAUCCUUGAACAACUUCAGCAACUUCUGCCAGGAUUACCCCAGUCUACCAGCACUAAUUGUCAAAAGUGGAGACACUCUCAGGUUACCCAUGGAGUCUUGAACUGCCCAGGCUACAUGACUCUUCACAUUCAGCCUCUUCUCGUGUGUGGUGGUGACGGCUUUACACGGUCAAAUUUCGAUGGUUGCGUGGAGUCUGCCUUAACGAUUUUGGAUGUAUUCAAAUCUAAUUUUUAAAAGACUGUAUUUUACUGUGACUCUUAAAUGUUUCACUUUGUCUCUGAUUACAUUCACUACUAUAAAACGCAUUGCUCAGAAAUGAAGGAGUGCUACUCAGUUUAUAGAUGAAAUCAAUCACCCAAGAGAAUUCAGCACAUAGAUCAGAUUUGCAUGCGAGUUUAAAAAUAAUGGCAAAAUGUUAUACCUUCUGCACUCCAGAGAGACUGCACUGAGUACAUUGUAAGAAACUGAUGAACAAUUGUAUGUCAUGUUAUUACAUGUGCACCAUUUCAGGCUAAUAUUCAGAUAUUUUACAAAGUGGAAUUAUCAGGCAAAUUGUUCCAUGUGUCAUGAGCAGCUUAAAAAGGGGAAAACUAGUAGCAUUUCAUCACUCAAUCAAAUGCAUUAUGUACCGUUCAUUUGAGUCAUUCCUUAAAGUAUGCAGGCAGAUACAAAACAUCUCUUUAACUUCUGCUGAAUGGUUUCUCUGACCUUCUGCUGAAUCUGCACAAUGUUACUUUUAAAACAAAGCAACAGAAUUAUUUUGUUCAAUUUUAGCUGUCACGGCGGCUUUCGAAACCCAAUUUGUUUUAGUUUUGCAGACAUUUUUGGCCAUUGAAAUACAAAAUCAUCAUUCUGUCUGGCCCCAAUUUAUGAUUUUCUGUGGAUCUGAGACUUCAGCAUCCAAUGUACUUUUUAAUCCAUUGUGUGAGGAGAAAUGUAAAACGCAGAUUGAUUUCAACAGUGCUUAUUUGGAUUUUGCAAGUGAAACUGGCGUGGUUUACAGUGAAAUUGAGAGUAUGUCACAUUAAUUUGCAGUUAUCUCUGUGAGGAAAUGGAGAGAACAUUUAAAAUGUGCUGGCAUCAACACAUCCCAAAAGACUGCAGGUUUCAUCUGACACAUUUUGUUAAAAUACUGCUGAGACCUAGUAUUUGAAUUCUUUUGUGCAGCACUUGCCAAUAAUGUAAAUAGUUGUAGAUCUGCACUCGUCAUUCACAUCAUCCAAUGGAGACUUCUUCAGCUAAGCAACUGGUGAACAUGAGCCAAGCAAGACUCCCCUUUUUAUAUUAAAGAAAGAUACUUUGUGUAGAAACAAGUGCCAAGAUUAUUUCCUAUAACAGAAUUUUAUGACUAAAUUGGUCAGUUACCAGUAAGAAGUGAAGAUCAA